UGAUGACGUAGGUACGCCCUCCAGUUUAGCUGUAGCAGGUGGAUGUUGACAUGAAUAGUAAAAUGAUUAGCUAGCUAGAUAUGCAUUUUUUCUUAUGGCUGUGACGACCUGUAUUGCCCGAGAAGAAAUGUUUAUCAUUUUGUUUUAUUUGCAGUACAUUUUGUGGUCUCUUCGGGAAAAAGUCACUGGUUAGCCCAGUUAGAUAGCUAGCACGUUUAGCUGUCAAUUGGUAAAUCGUGCAACGGCAUGGGUCAACUGCUGUCAGAAAUGAGCUCAAUAUAAACUUUUGUGCCUAUUUUAUUCCCAGCAUUUAUUUACACAACAUGCCACUAUAUAGGUAGCAGCUAUCGUUUCUUUAUUUGCAUGCAGUGUAAGUUAGCUAGCUAGCACAAAAAUGUGUUAAAUAAAGAAAUGUAGGCGAGUCGACAAGGCAGGACCAUGACAUUAUCAGAGGUAAACUGGCUUUGGCAGCCAAAACAGUCAAAUGCUCCCUCUAAACAUAAAUCGAUUCUCAAUUGCGAUAUGGUUCUAGAAACAUAAGAUCUACUUUCAUAACACGUCGAAAAAUAAUUUCACAAAUGCAAAAUAUACACUACUGUGCUCUGUUUUAGUUCAGUUCAGUUACAACACUUCUGGCGUCCUUUCAUUACACACAGGCGUUUGGUGACGCUAUAGUUUACUAGAACGGGUCAACAAGCGCUGUAACAUGGACAUGUGGGAACCCUAACGCUAUACAGGUGUGUGUCGUAAUUCAACAAUUUGUUUAAUGAAAAAUCUUUCUGGAUUAUAGUAAAUUUCCAAAGGUUUUCAAAAUCGCAUUGGAAACAAGCAUUAUUAAAGUGUAGACAAAAUUUCGGGAUUAUUGUACACAAUCCCAUGCAGUCUUCAAUGCAUCAACUGAGAACCAAAGAGGAAGCCCUCUGGUGAACGGUGGCUAGCAGCUAGCUAUCAUAGUCUUGGGAAUUUGACAGCACUGCACUGGAAAUUUGAACAGAGUAGCCUUUUAACCUCCUUUUUUAAACAGGAUCAGUACAGAACUGUUUAUAUUUUUGACAGCUGCAGCGUUGUGGUUUCACUUGCAAUACUGUAGGUUUUCCAUGGGGUUAGUUUAUAUAACAUGAGGUUAUAACAUGUUUAUUCACUAUUAAAAACCAAUAACACAUUCCUUUAAACAAGGUCAAUCAAUCAAGUGUAUUUUAUAAAGCCCUUUUUACAUCAGCAGUUGUCAAAAAGUGCUUUACAGAUACCCAGCCUAAAACCCCAAAGAGAAAGCAAUGCAGACAGAAGCAAAGUGUCUAGGAAAAAAAUCCCUAGAAAGCAGGAACCUAGGAAGAAACCUACAGAGGAACCAGGCCCGCUUUUCUGGCUGUACCGGAACCGUUUUCAGUAUACGUGGCCAGAUCGUUUUUCAAGAUGGACUGCAUGGACAGGAGAGAGAGCAUCUGAAUUUCUCACAAUAGUCUAUAGUAUUUGUCACACAUAUGAUAGUUGGUUCUUUUUAUUUUAUUUGUAUUUAUUUAACCUUUAUUUAACGAGGCAAGUCAGUUAAGAACUCAUUUUAAUUUACAUUGACGGCCUACCCCGGCCAAACCCUAACCCGGACGACGCUGGGCCAAUUGUGCACCACCCUAUGGGACUCCCAAUCACGGCGGGUUGUGAUACAGCCUGGAAUCAAACCAGGGUCUGUAGUGACGUCUCUAGCACUGAGAUGCAGUGCCUUUAGACCGCUGAGCCACUUGGGCGAAACAGUUGUAAGGGGAGUACUAUACAUUUGUCUAACAAUCUUGCUUGGUGGAAGUGUCAACGUCAUCCUCCAGAAGGCUCCCUUCUGAUUGGUGAAUGGCUAGUUAGGGUGUGGUUAAAGUGCAUAUAACUGUAUGCUAUUGCUUUGGGGCUCUUCUGUUGGUUGUUGCUUCUAGUUGGGACCUUGUGUCAUCUAUCCAGUUAGGUCAGGACUCAGGAGCAGUGUCAAUUAUCUAGCGUGCUGUUGGCUAAACUAAACUUUCCUCUGCAUGACUGCCUCAGUGUCCACUCUCCUGUUAGUUGAGUUGACUAAGAUACCCUUCAGUCCCUCAGUUUUAGCCUAAUCCUCCUGGCCUCGUACCCAUCAGAGGGACACUCAUUUCCUACUCCUUCCCAAGAGAUGUCUUCCCAAGCUUCUCUCCGACCUGCGGUGGUCCUGUCACUGGUUCUGGUUGUGUGGGCUCUGACAGGGCUGACCCAUGCCCAGCCCAAGGCUUCUGUCCUGGACUUCUCAGCCAGCCUGGGUAACCUCCUCCCAAGCCUCAGCCGACCAGCCAACUCCAGCCGGAUCUUCUACGGGGUAAUGUUUGACGCUGGCAGCACUGGCACACGCAUCCACGUCUAUACCUUCAUACAGAAAGACCCUGAGGAGUUACCAGUGUUGGAUAAUGAGAUGUUCCAUUCCAUCAAGCCUGGUCUGUCAGCAUAUGCAGACAUGCCUGAAAUGGGUGGGUACACAGUGAGGCAGCUUCUGAAAGUGGCUAAGAAAACCGUCCCCCGGCUAGAAUGGAAGAGAACCCCGCUGGUCUUGAAAGCUACAGCAGGACUCAGGCUGCUGCCCUCAGAGAAAGCCCAGGCUCUACUGGAACAGGUGCAGGAUGUUUUUGAUGAAUCUCCCUUCUUCGUCCCAGACGAUAGCGUCAGCAUAAUGAAUGGUACAAAUGAAGGAAUCUUGGCGUGGGUUACUGUGAACUUUUUGACAGGUCACCUGUAUGCUGAGACCAGGAAGACAGUGGGGAUUCUGGAUCUGGGGGGAGGAUCGACUCAAAUCACUUUUCUUCCUAAAUCCAAGAAAACCAUUGGAAGUUCUCCUGAUGACUACAUUGCCAGAAUUGACAUGUUCAACUCGACAUAUGAACUCUACACUCACAGCUACCUGGGUAAUGGACUGAUGGCAGCUAGACUGGCAGCCCUAGGAGCAUUGGGGGCAGACGGGUUAGAGUGGAGAGUGUUCAAAAGCUCCUGCCUGCCUAAGAAGUUCAGAAAGGAGUGGAGCUUUGGAGGACUCACCUACAUAGUCAGUGGGAUACCUGAUGGUUAUGUGGGAUACAAGCUGUGUUACCAGGAGGUGUUGAAGGUGGUAAAGGGAAUAGUUCACCAGCCCUAUGAGUUGAAAGACACCAGUGUGUUCUACGCUUUCUCCUAUUACUUUGACCUAGCCGUGGAUGCAGGCCUUAUUGACAGGACCCAAGGAGGAAUGCUGGAGGUCAGGGACUUCAAGAAGAGAGCUAAAGAGGUGUGUAACAAGAUGUCUAAGUACCGUCCGAUCAGCCCCUUCCUGUGUAUGGACAUGACCUACAUCACCUGUCUGCUCAAAGACGGCUUUGGCUUCAAGGAGAACACUGUACUGCAGCUGACUAAGAAAGUCAACAACGUGGAGACAAGCUGGGCUUUAGGUGCCACGUUCAACCACUUCCAGAACCUAAAGAUCCACAGAUAGACAAGGAGCCACGGGUCUGGGUGGGCAGGUGGGGAAAACCACUGGAUUAGAUGGUGCUCAAAAAUAAAUGGACUGAGGAACUAUUGUUGUUUUAAACAGCCUUUGACCCUGCCUUAUUGUGAAUUGUAAUGUCUUAAAAAUAUGCCUUGCAUCUUUGACUUACUAUUUGACUAUCAAGAUUCGACAUUUCUGAGAUAACAUUACAAUUGUUACAACUAUUUUUGUUACCCAACACCUAAAUGGUUGGUCCUAUAGUUCAGUAGGUCUGUUGUUUUCAUGUGACUGGUUGCUAUAGCACAGUGGUCUCAUAUUAUUUACAUCUCUAUUAAAGCACUGGGGGCUGUCGCUGACUGAAACGCCACUUAGUUGUGUUACUGUAUAAAAGGUGGAUAUUUUGACCGUCUGUUUAAUAUCACUUGGGUGUGAUCUUUAUUUUCAUUAAAAAAAUAAACUGGUAUGAGUGUGU